GAAGAUAAGCAAACGUAUUAAGAAUUUAACACAUAAACUGGUCUCUAUACAAUUUAUUUGCACGGUGUGUAGAUUUUUUUGCUAAGGUACAUAAUAAUAAAAUUUUUAUUUGCUUUUUGAGAGAGAGAGAGGAAAGAACUGAAAAUUAAACGAAGAUUACGACUCAUCUGGUUCAUUAUUUUUAAACAACGGUAUCGUUGAUGUCAUAAAGCUUACGCGACAUCUGUUUUAGUCAUCAACAUCCGAAAAUACCAAUAGUGUUAAAGCCGAUCAAUGUGCAAUCAUAAAAAUUAAAUUUUUUAGUUCAGUUUAAAAUUGUGUUCAACAUCAUGAUAGAUUCAACAAGAUUCUUAGACUGUGAAUGGGAAUUCCCACCCUUUCGUACUUUACACGAUUUUCUUUUGGAAUCCUCACGUUUUCAACUUCCUAAUUAUAAUGAUUUAAGAAAAUGGAACAACAGAAUAGUAAAUAAUCUCGUCUAUUAUCAAACCAAUUAUCUUUAUACAUGUAUUGCUAUUCUACUGGUUAUGCUAUCUAUAAAUCCAGUAAAGAUGCUUAUUGGCAUGGCAACAUUGGUUUCAAUAUGCGGUAUGUUUUUCUAUUACUUUGAAAUAGAUGAAUUUUGUGUUAGACUCAAAAGAAAUUUUCCCCAAAUUGGGGUAAUAUAUGCCAUUAUGUGUGGAUCUACUAUUUUUUAUACUCAAGAUUCAGUUAUUUAUGCAUUAUUCAGCAUUUUGUUGUCAUUUUGUGUGAUCUUUAUACAUGCAUCUUUGAGACUGAGAAAUGUAAAGAAUAAAUUGGCUAAUAAGGUAGAGGGUAUGGGAUUGAAACGUACGCCAAUGGGAAUUAUGUUAAAUCAUUGUGGUAUGAAAGAAGAAUUGAUUUCAUAAAUUGAUAUUGAUUCAGUUAUUAAAAAAAGUUGUAUUUGUACAUGUAUUUCCAUGAUUAUAGAUAUAUAUACAUAUAA